GAAAGGGAAUCCUGUGGCGCGCGACUGAGCGGGAAAGGGGGAGCGGGAGCGAAGGGGCGGCAUUGAGGGGCUCUCCCUUCCAGACCUCGUUUGCCUUUGGCGCAGAGUCGAGGCGAAAGCCGCGGGAGGUGAGAGCGGCGGCUGCUUUCCACACGCCCUCCCUCCCUCCCUCCUCUCUCUCCCGCCCUCCGCCGUCUCCCUCGACGGCGGCAGCCUCGCCCCCACCCGCUCGCCUUUCCGCCUCCGCCCCGGCUCUUGCCCCGCGGCAACUGGUGUGGGCACGCACGCCAUGCCCGCUCGCGCACCUCUCCGGGCGCUCCUCUAAGCCCAUGCCAUGCUCCUGCCGCUCCUGCCGGCGCUGCUGGCGGCCUUGGCGCCCCCGCUGCCCUGCUGCUGCCGAGCCUGGGCUCCCCACUCGGGGCCCGCCGAGGAGGACCAGCAGCCGCCGCCGCCUCUCAACUCUUCUUUCGCGGCCGCCGCCGGGGGCGUCGCAGAAGGGCGCCCAGGGGCCACGGAGCAGGCGGGCCACCCUGGGUUCCCCACCGCCACAACGGGGGCUGCCCCUUCGCCCGGGCCGCCCCGCGCCGCGCCCCAGCAGCAGCAGCAGCCCCGCGAGGAGCCGGCGUGCAAUAUCAGCGUGCAGCGGCAGAUGCUGAGCUCGCUGCUGGUGCGCUGGAGCCCGCUGGGCUUGCAGUGCGACCUCGUGCUCUUCUCCACCGGCGGGGCCGGCGGGCGCGCCUUUUUCUCGGCCGCCUUCCACCGCGUGGGCCCGCCGCCGCUGCUCAUCGAGCACGUCGGGCUGGCGGCCGGCGGCGUCCAGCAGGACCUGCGCCUCUGCGUGGGCUGCAGCUGGGCGCGAGGCGGGCGUGUGGGCCGCCUGCGGCCGGGGGGCUCCUCCGGGGCGCCCGCCGCCGCCGCCGCCUCGCCCGCCGCCUCUUUCUUCGCCUCGUCGCUGCCCGACCCCGGACAGCCGUGGCAGCAGGGCGAGCGGCUGCACUUCUGCUGCCUGGACUUCAGCCUGGAGGAGCUGAAGGGGGACUCCGGCUGGAGGCUGAACCGCAAGCCCAUCGAGUCCACCCUGGUGGCCUGCUUCAUGACUCUGGUCAUCAUCGUGUGGAGCGUGGCCGCCCUCAUCUGGCCCGUGCCCAUCAUCGCCGGCUUCCUGCCCAACGGCAUGGAGCAGCGCAGGGGCGCAGCAGCAGGAGCCGCCCCGACGGCCAAGUGACUCCCCCCCGUCGCUCCUCUCUCGUCGGCCGGCCGGCCGGAUCCGGGCGCGUCGCUGCUGCCGGCGCCAAAGAGGGGGAUCCUUACUGUUAUCUCUUUUUUUUUGGCUUGGAGGGGGAAGUUUAAAGGAAUAUAUUUUGUAGAUAACCUUAAAGCCAUUUUUUCCUGAGGAUGAAUGCAGAACCCUGGCCAUUUUAUAUAGUCUGGCGGUUUCUGGGUGGGACAUCUGAAAGGAUUUAUAGAUCUUAGAUAAUAUUUCUUAUGUGUUCCAAAUCCAUAUCUUAAAACGACCAAACCUGUGUAUUUGCUUUAUAUAUAUAUAUAUUUUAAAAGACUCUUUUAUGUCAGUAUUUUAGUAGACUGUGCACAAAGAGACCCAGUGCGCUGGGAAGUAGUUGUAAAUCAGAGCACUUAUUUGUAUAUGAAUACACUUUUGUCUUUGCAAAAAAAAAAUAUUUACUACAAUAAGAAACAUUUUGGAGGCAGGAAUUAAAUUUGCUAACAGUAUAUAUAUACACACACACAUUCUAUAUUGUUAAUGGAGAACUUGAACUUUAAUUACUCUUUUACAAUUGUGUGUGUGUGUUUCUUGUUGGAGAUAAGGUGUGAUGACUAUUGUAAGUCUGUUGGAUUACCAAUACAAAGAUUGUCUUCA